GAGCAUCUCGCACCGCCGCAGCAGCCGGGUGCCACCUCCAAGCACCGAGUCUCUGCGUUUGGCUGGUCUACUCGCCGCGCAGCGCUGCGCUCUCCUGCUACUCCACUUCGCAUCGCGCCGCCAGCAUGCGCACCGCUCUCUCCUCGGCACUCCUGCCGCUCCUCGUGGCGCCACUGGCGCUCUCGCUGCAGCUGCCGCUCAUCGCCUCGCCGAGCUUGCACGACGCCGAGCCGCUCCAGCUCGUCCGCGCCACGCUGCCCGCAGGCGCGCUGCCGCAGCUUCGCGCAGCCGGCGCAGACGUGUGGCACGCCGCGCCCUGCGCAGGCCCGAGCGCAGAGGCGUCCACCUCUGCGCCACUCUGCGCCCGCAUCGCCACGUCCUCGUGCGCUGCACUGGCACGCACGCUCGCAGCGCCGUCGUUGGCGUGCGAGGUCUUGCACGCAGACGUCGCAGCGCUGUUGCGCGACCAGCAGCGCAACGCGACGGUCGCGCGGCAGCAUGGCAGCUCGCCAUCGGCCGAGUUUGACGAUGCGUACCACACACUUGAGCAGUUGGAAGCACGGGUGCACGAGCUCGCAGCGCUGUUCCCGUCUGUUGUCCAGCUCGAGUCGAUCGGCGAGACACACGAGGGCCGGCCGAUUCGCUCAGUGCGUCUAGGAGCUGCGCGUAGCAAGUCAGGCAAGGUCAAGCCUGCGGUGGUGAUCAGCGCGGGAUCGCAUGCUCGAGAGUGGAUCGCGCCGGCAGUCGCGCUGCACUUCAUCUCUUCGCUCCUUGCCUCGUCCGCAGCCAUGCGCGCACCCGCGCUGCUCGAGCUCUUCACGAUCAUCGUGAUUCCGGUGCUGAACCCGGACGGCUACGCGCACUCGCACUCGUCGCCAGCCGCUCGGCUGUGGCGCAAGAACCGCGCGCCGAACGCCGGUGCACCGGAGGCGUGCAAGGGCACCGACAUUGGCGCAGGCUUCCCGUCGCACUUUGUGCCGUCGUCGAAUCCAUGCGCAGAUGCAUAUGCGGGCCGCAAGCCUCUCGAGGCGGCGGAGACGCGGGCGCUGGCCAAGCUGCUGGACGAUCAGGCGCAGAACGUCGUGGGCUUCUUCGAUCUGCAUUCGUAUGGGCAGCAAAUGACCUACCCGUACGCGUACUCUUGUGACGAGGCCCUUCCCGACGAGGAGGACCUGGCCGAGCUGGCCAUCGGCGCCGUGCGUGCACUCCGUGCAGUGCACCGCUCCGACUUUGGCACCGGCCGCGGCUGCGAGGCGCUCUACCCGACGACGGGCACGGCGAUGGACUUCGCCUACGAGCACGACGUCAAGUGGGCUUAUUCGCUUGAGCUGCGCGACGAGGGCGAAUACGGCUUCCUGCUGCCCGCCGAGUACAUCCGUCCCGCCGGCGAGGAGACGACGGCAGCGCUGCGCUAUGCGCUCGCCUUCAUCGCCCGCAAGAUGCACCUCUAGUGUGCACGGCCGAGCACCGUUCCGUCCGCUCGAGGUCUCGCAUGUGACGGGGAACUCAGAGACUGCGACCGAACCUGCAAUACCACUGUGCUGCACAAC